AUCUGCUUUUUGAUCCUUUUCUGUUUUUUUUUUUUUUUUUUCCGACCCACUUAUCUUUCAGACCGGCAAUUUCCUUUUGUGUGCUCUCAUCACUGGUUGCUACUCACUACUAGUACCUAUUACCAUAAGCUAUUGCUUAGUGUUUGACUAGCAAAACCUUCCCCCUCAGACUCUCAUAUCCAUCCUCUCUCUCUCUCUCUCUCUCAGCCUCUUCUGUUCUUCUCCUUCAGCAUCCUACUUGAUCUUCAAUUCUUUAGUAUUAUUAUUAUUAUUAUUAUUUUUUUGUAUAAUUAUUUCCGAUUUAUGCUCUCUUCUUCCGUCUUGUUUGUUAAAACUUCAUUUUUCCUCAUAACCUGUGUUUUUGGUGCAGAAUGUGAUUUUUAGGUUCUAGUUUUGAAAAAUAUUGUGGGGAUUAAUUAGAGUCUUUGUUUGUUAAUCCGCCGUGGACAGUGUGUCGCGAGUAGCGAGAGGAAGUAGUAUUAUUUCAUGUUGCUGUGACGGUCUUCUUUCUUUUUUUUUUUUUUUUUUUUUUUUACUGUUUAAGACCUUGCAUUUCCAUUUGAAGUGGGGAAUUAAAGAUUAAAAGCAACGUGGAGUUUUACUUGUAAUUCAUCAUUUCCAUUUGGGUUGGCUCAAGUCUCUUCCUCUUUUACCUUUCUCUCUCAUUCUUUCUCCUUAGCCGUAUAGAUAUUGAGAUAGGGAUAGCUAGUAUAUCUAUAUUCUAUAGAAAGAGAAGGAGAAGGCCACCAGCAGAGCAGCCUUGCUUGUUUUUUCUUUCGUUUUUUCCAACCAUAUGUUGUCGUCCGUCCUUGGGUGGAAAGGAAACGCUUGGACUUUUUGAGUCUUCAAUAAUCUUCUACGAUCCAACAAAACAGCUAAACAAACUAUGCCUGCUUCCAAAAUUCUAGCUAGAUCGACGAUCUUCUUCUCCUCCUGCAGUCUUUUGCUUGCUGCCUCCACUGAUCGAUCUCAGAGAAGUUAAAUACAUAGUAGCUGCUGCUGCUGCUGCUGCUUCUGCUUAAUUCUUUCUAAAGUUGUCUUCUCUGGAAAGUGUAUGUGGGUGUCCAGAAACAAGAAACAAAUGUGCAUUUUUUCUUUGUUGAAGGAGUGUCACUAAGCUGGACUUCACGGAAUUGAUAAUGUGUUUAUAAGGCAUGCAGGCCGGUGCAAAAACGCAUCUGACUGCUUGUACCAUUGCCUGCCUCUCUACUUUGUAUCUACUCACGAGUCACGACUGCUUCCUCAUCAAUAGUAGUCUCAUGAGUCUUCUCGCUCUCUCGUGGUUGUUUGUUUCAUUCCCUAAAUCCCUAGCUAGGACUUAGGAGGAGCAAGAGCAAGAGCAAGAGCAAGCAAGACCAGAUCCAGACACGGAUCCAGCAGAGGAAUCAAGAAAAAAGAAAAGCGAAGUGGUUCACAUUCUCUCGUGUACCGUCAUUUCCGAUUAAGAGGGAGGGGGAUCGCAGAGAGAGAUAGAGAGCAAGGAGAACUGUCUCGUCUCAAGAAUCCGAGACCAAAAACAUGUUCUACCUUAUUAUUAGUCACUCUCUCCAUCUCCUCUAAUUCUUCUCUCCCUAGCUUGUCCUUUCCUUCUUUUGGUCGUUUAGAGAGAGAGAGAGAGAUGGAUAUUUCCAACGAAGAAGCUGGAGAUCAGAUCCCAAUUCCAAUAAGCAGCAGUAGUUAUGGUGGUGGAGGGGGACAAGGUCGCGGUCACAUGAUCCAUCAUCAUGAACCAACUCCUCAUCCUAAUCCCCACUACCACAUCAUUAAUCCUUCUUCUUCAUCAUCACCACCACAGUUGCCGUCCAAUGGCACCAUAACCCCCCAAGCCCUCGAGGAUCACAUGCCUAAUUACAAGAAAGUGGUGAUCAGAUACAGGGAAUGCCUCAAGAACCAUGCAGUGGCCAUGGGUGGGAACGCUACGGAUGGGUGUGGAGAGUUCAUGCCUAGUGGAGAUGAGGGCACCCUCGAAGCCCUCAAAUGCUCAGCCUGCAACUGCCACAGAAACUUCCACAGGAAAGAGAUUGAAGGUCAUCAUGACUCCUCCUCCAGCGACUGCUACCACUACCACCACCCGCAUCUCAGCAGGAAGCUCAUUCUGGGCCCAAGCCCCUACAAGGGUGGUGGUGGUGCUGCUGCUAUGUUGUGCACUGCUGAGGCCUUGGGUUAUCACACCACUACUGGAGGAGCUCUCCUACACUUAUCAUCGAGGGCAGCGCAAGCUCAUUCAUCCCAUCACCACAUGAUAAUGUCCUACAACAUGGGUGGGGGUGGGGGUGGGCGUUCCCUCCCUUCAGAGUCUGAUGACCAGCAGGAGGAGGAGGGUAAUGGAGGGAUUAAUGUCCCAAUUAGGCCACCGAGCCAGCUGGUGAAGAAGCGGUUCAGAACCAGGUUCACCCCAGAACAGAAGGAGAAGAUGCUCAACUUUGCAGAGAAGGUAGGGUGGAGGAUGCAGAAGCAAGAGGAGGCUGUGGUGCAGCAAUUCUGCCAAGAGAUUGGGGUCAAGAGGAGAGUCCUCAAGGUGUGGAUGCACAACAACAAGCACAACUUGUCCAAGAAGAAUGCGACACUACUCUCCUGAUACUCUACUACUGCUCCUCCUAAUUAAUUAAUUUCCUUCUCUUAAUUAAUCGAUCUGUGCUUCCAUCUUCCUUCUUGGUCACUGAUGAUGUACAAGUCUGCUAGCUUCUAGUUCUAUAAUUUUUUCUUUUUUUUUUUUUCCCUCUCUUGUUUGAGUAGUACUACUGCCCCCCUCCCCUUGUUCGUUCGGAUUCUCUUUAAUUAGUCUUAUAUAUUAUUGGCAAUGUAAUGUGGUUUAGCUAGGUAACUAAGAUUUGGUCUGAGAGAGUUUGAGCUGAGUGUUGAUAUCAAAUGUUUGUUAGUUUAUCCAGAAUAUAAUCGAUCGGGAUAUUUGGAUUCGGUACUGUUUACUCUAA